AUGGAAAACCAGUGGGAAAGCCUACAUGCGCCGGCCCAUAUAGCAAUAUUUGGGUUGCAGUGGCGCGUGAAGCGUGAAACCCAACAACAAUAUUUGGGCUGCUUGGACGGCAGCCACCGCGGGACCGCUCCCACCUCCGCCGCGGCCUCGACUUCCAGCAAGCGCGACCCCGAAGACGAGCCCGUCUCAGACUCCGAGGAAUCGGUCGACGAGGAGGUAAAAGCCCAAGCCCUCGCGUUUUCCUUAACCGCCGCGCGGAUCCGCGGAACCCUCACCGGCGGUGCGUUUGAUCCGCAGCAGGAUGUCUCCUCGUCGUUGGGGUCGGAGUCGGAGUCGGAGAACGACCAGUUAGCGGAGCGGGAGCGGAAGCUGGAGCGCGUGCUCGCCGACGUGCCCUUCGGCGAGCUGCAGCGCGCGCGUGCUGACGGGUCGCUCGCGGCGCGGGGUGUUUCUGCUGCCGCCGCGGCCCAGAAGAAGGCUCGCAGGGAGAGCAGGAAGAGGCCCAUGGAGAUUAGCACGAAUGUGCGGCCGCCUAGACUCAGGGAGGUGAUUCAGGUUCCCAAGAAGCGAGGUUUACUUUUGUUCGACUUGACUUCUGUCCCAGUUUUGUUGUUUGACCCUCUGGUUGUAAGGGAUCCAAGAUUUGAACCUGUAUAUGGAGCUGUUGAUAAAGAAGGGUUCAGGAAAAGAUACAAUUUCUUAUUCGAUCAUGAUCUGCCUGCAGAAAAAGAGAAACUCCAAAAGUCGAUUAAGAAAUUGAAGGAUCCUAAUGCCAUUGAAGAAGCAAAGAAUCAAAUCACCUGGAUUGAUAAGCAGUUGAGGUCUAAUCCUCAGAAGAACGUUGAAUCAGAAAUUCUGCGUGGACAUAUUAAGAAAGAGAGGGAAGCAGCAAAGGCCGGAAAACGACCAUAUUAUCUGAAGAAAUCUGAAAUUCGUGAAAGGAAGUUGAUGGACAAGUACAAUGAGCUCAAGGAGACGGGAAAGCUUGAUUCCUUUAUGGAGAAGCGACGCAAGAAGAAUGCAUCCAAAGAUCAUCGCUUCAUGCCAUACCGAAGGGAUGGGGGUGGUGCAUAA